UUUGGAGUUGAAUUUAAUUUUGAGUUUCGGUAUUGGAGCGUCGCCCCUGCGGACCUCGGGGCAGUGACGGUUGUGAAGAAGAAGACACAGUCUUCGAGGAGUUGGAUUCUGUUCGAUGCCACAGGGCAGGGUUCAUUGCUCGACGUGGACAAAUAUGCAAUCAUGCAUAGAGUUCAUAUUCAUGCGCGUGAUCUCAGAAUACUUGAUCCCUUGCUCUCUAACCCGUCCACCAUUCUCGGUCUUGAGAAGACCAUUGUUCUUAACUUGGAGCAUAUCAAGGCAAUUAUCACCGCUGAAGAGGUAUUGCUGAGAGAUCCAACAGAUGAAAAUGUGAUCCCUGUUGUGGAGGAGCUGCAAAGGCGGUUGCCUCGAUCAGGGGCCGGUCUUCAACUGCAAGGACACGGUAAAGAGUAUCUUGCUGGCCAAAAUGAUGCCGAACCAGCUGAAGAAGAUGAGUCAUUCUUUGAAUUCCGGGCCCGGGAGGUUGCUUUAGAAGCCAUUUGUAGUUUUCUUGCUGCACGUACAGCAGAAUUGGAGAUGACUGCUUAUCCGGCUUUAGAUGAACUUACGUCUGUUAAGGUUAGAGACGAGCUUGAACAAUUAUUGGAUAAUGACGAUGAUAUGGCUGAUGUAUACCUGUCAAGAAAGACAGGUUCAACUUCAUCAGUUAGUGGAUCAGGUGUUGUAAAUUGGUUUGCUGCCUCCCCAACCAUAGGUUCAAAAAUAUCUAGAGCAAGUCAAGCAACAAUUCGUUUAGAUGAACAUGUUGAAAUGUUACUUGAGGUUAUGAAUUUGAAUUACUGUAAGAAAGUAGUAAAAACAAAUCACUAG